GGGGCGGUCUCUGUGAUCACGUGACACGGAGACCACAUGUGUUGUGUAGUGUACGUUCCCCUGUUGAAGAUUUAAAAUGCCUAAAGCAAAGAAAUCGCACCGAAAAAAGAAAUAUGAUUAUAACCAGGACAGGAAAAAGCUGAAACACAAGUUCAAAAAGGCACAAGCUCCGAGAAUAGAGUGUCCGCAGAUCCGAAAUGCCUGGAAUGAUAGGAAAUCGGUGGCUCAGAACUUGACAGAUAUGGGACUGGUUUCUGACCCUAACCGCUCUCUGCCGGUGCGCAAGCAGACGUUACUUCAGGUUCCUGGGACUGCAACGGAAGUGGAAGCCCCUCAGCACCUCGUCAAGAAACCUUACGUCAUCAAACAUCUGGAAGCGGAAGCGAGUCUCCCAGGGAAAGACACAAGGUCCUUAUCCACAGAUAUGAUUGAAUAUGUGCAGUAUAUGAUCAGAGAACACAACGAUGACUUCAAGGCCAUGGCCAGAGAUGAGAAGAACUAUUACCAGGACACACCGAAGCAGAUCAGGAGGAAAGUGGAGCGGUACAGAAGCUUUCAUCCCGACCAGUACUCGGCCUUUAUGGAGUCUGUCAAAGCUCAGAAAAUGGACUCCUCGUAGACCUCCAACAAGGACCUACACGAUUCUGGAAGAAUGUUCUGGAAAUAAAUCUCUGGACUCUGGUUCAAGGCAUUGAUUGCUUAUACUGGGAGAAACAGUGUUUGCUUAUCUGUGGAUAAUGAGUACCUUUAAAUAAUUUUUUAAUUAUUAUUUUUAGAAUGGACAAGUAUAUUUUAUUCUUGUUUUUUUAAAUGGUUAUACUCUUUAAGAAAAAGCUGGACAGAUUUCACCCCCCCCCCCCCCAUCAUUUUCAAAGGAGUAUUGUUUUGUUUUUAUUCUUCUGUGAAUACAAUUUCGAUGCAAAGCUCAAAGUACAUUUACAUGAAAUUCACAUGUACACCAACAAUACUGACAUUUAAUUUUAAAAUACAUUUUUCACCAUCAAUCAGUCGUCUGAUCAGUGUUUCCUUUGUGACUACAAAAAAUGUAAGGUCAGUAUCCCGCUUUCUGUGGCAUUUGCUGUAAUGCUGUGCAGAAUAAAACCAACGCGACACAAACUGUCA